AGGAGGAGGCCUUGUCAGCCAUAACACUAACACGCACCCUAAAGCCGUAUGUUGAUUCAUUGACCACUCUUUUGUCUUAGGACCCAUCAUCUCCUUUUCUCCCCUGCAAAACGGCCAGAUUCUGCCAUUAGUUGCAGUGCACAUUUCAUCCAUGGACUUGUCAUUGUCUUGUUAACUCAGCUGCCUACUCCUACAUUCCCUUGCCUGCACAUCGUUUUGGCACAAUACAGUUACGCUCCCCUGAAACCAAGAAAUCUUGUGCCUCAUCACCACAUGCCUUGCUAUCUUGAACAUGUUACCCACAUGCGCCUGCUUACAGCUGCUGAGACCUGAGGCCCACUAAGGAGAUCCAAGUCCAAUGCAUUCGACAGCUCGGUUUGCUAACUCUUGGUCUCCUCAUCCACUCGCCCAACUCCAUACCUUCGCAUGGCUUUCAUGGCACUUGCCGGCACCUAUGACUUGUUCUCGGUUCCUUCGUGUUUUUCGUCCGGCGAGAAGCUCCCGGACGUCCCGGCAUCCGCGGCGGCCACCAGGUCGGGGCAGAGCGCGGUGACGCUGGUCUACCGCGCGGGGAUCGCCGGCCACGACCGCCUGGUCACCGUGACAUGGUGCAGGAACCUGCUCACCCAUGGCCUGUCGGUGUCGAUCGAAGGAUCGGUGGGCAGCGGCAAGGACAAGAGCGGCAGGGUGUACGGUGAGGCCGCGGCCUCCGAAGGCGGCGGCGCCAAGAGCUGCAGCACCGCCUGCAAGGUGGAGAUGCAGCCGUGGCACUUCUGGCGCAAGUACGGCGCCAAGCAGUUCCAGGUCGACGGCAAGGCCAUCGAUGUCGUCUGGGACCUCAGGAGCGCGAGGUACUCCGAUGAGCCAGAGCCGCUGUCCGACUACUACGUCGCGGUGGUCUCGGACGAGGAGGUCGUCCUCCUCCUCGGCAACCUCAAGAAGGACGCCUUCCGGCGCACCGGGUCGCGGCCGUCUCUCCAGGACGCCGUCCUGAUGUGCAAGAAGGAGCACGUAUUCAGCAAGAAGAGGUUCCUCACCAAGGCCAGGUUCCAUGAGAAGGGCAAGCUGCACGACAUCAGCAUCGAGUGCAGCAGCAGCAACCUUAAUGGCGGCGUGGACGUCGACAUGGUGAUCAAGGUCGACGGGUGCGUGAAUGUUCUGGUCAGGCACCUACAGUGGAAGUUCAGAGGCAACGAGUGCAUCUCCAUCAAUCAGCUCAAGGUGCAGGUGUACUGGGAUGCGCAUGAUUGGCUCUUCGGCACAGGGAUGAGGCAUGCCCUGUUCAUCUUCAAGCCUGAGGCGCCGUCUCUGUCUUCUCCGCCGUCCACUUCUGCUGACCUCCACAAUAAUGAGUACUCUGAUUUCUGCUUGUUUCUGUACGCAUGGAAGGUUGAGUGAGCUAGGAUCCUACAAUUGUUACUGCAUUACAGUGGACCUCUUACCAUGUUAUGAACCAAUAAUUCAUACCAUGUUCUAAUGGAUCGGGAGAUGUAAGUGUAUGGAAAUGAAUCAAAUGAUUGAGGCUAUUUUCUCUCUCCUUUCCA